GCAUCUUUCAAGCUAAAAAUUAGAAGCUAAUUGACAAAAGGAACCACUCUUAUUUUGUAGCAGCUUUUUGGCAAAUAGCUUUUUGCAUGAAGAAUGUAUUAGAAUAGAAGUGUCCAGCAGAAUGAAGUUUUCAAAUGAAAAGGGGAAAUAUUUUUAGAAGAAAUUCUGAUGAAAUUCAGAAUAAAGGUUGAAAGGCACUCAUGCAUUGGACUAGGGAAGCAAGAUAUAAAUCGAUAGAGGUGUAAUUUAUGUUUAUCCAAAAACUAGCGGGUGUGUGAGUUACCACACCUUAAUAACGGAAGCACAUCUUCUUUCCUGGGUGUGCAAUGAUUUCUCUUCCCUUCCAAUUACCAUAGAAGUCUUGUUCUCAACUACUUGGAAGGCAGGGCCUAGGAUCAAUUGCUCAGUUACAGUGGCACUUUUAAGAACGGACCCUUGGGUCCAUAUCUGACCCCGCUCCCUCCGCCCACAGGCUCUUGCUUGGUGUGCAGGGGACCCAGCAACACAGCCAGGAAUCUCCUCUCCCUUCCCCCGCAGUGUUGCGGUGGCUUGGAGAAGCUGGUGCAGUGGCCCUUUAAGCAAGCGCUAAGGCAGAGCAUAUGCAGCUCUUUCAGGAUGAGCUCAACACGCAGCCAGCCUAUUCUGAGAGUGGAAGUGGCGGGGAAGGAACCGGGAGAGGAGGCUCAAUGGAAGGAGCCGAGGAUGGCUGGGCAUGCUCCUGCCCAGUGCACCAGCUCCUCCGGUCCCACUGGGGUGGGGUAGGGUGUAUCAUCUACACUUUAUUGGCCAAGUAUGCUUAAAUGAAAGAAUUGGUAGUAGGUCAUGGUCCAGAUGACAGACCUUCAGAAAGAACCCCAACCUCACCACCACCAUCAAAAGCUAGUUACUUUUGUGUGCAAACUGGGAAAUGUGGCUGAGCAUCAUAUGGCCCCUUGAUCUUCCUUUAAUUCUGACUGGGGAUGCAAAUGAGAAAAAGUAGAAAUCCGCAGGGCAGUAAAAGUCUUGCGUCCCUGACGGAUGUCAGCUGAGAACACAGAUGCAGGUUUUGGACAUAGGAACAUAGGAAACUGCCAUAUACUGAGUCAGACCAUUGGUCCAUCAAGCUCAGUAUUGUCUUCACAGACUGGCAGCGGCUUCUCCAAGGUUGCAGGCAGGAAUCUCUCUCAGCCCUGUCUUGGAGAUGCUGCCAGGGAGGGAACUUGGAACCUUCUGCUCUUCCCAGAGCGGCUUCAUCCCCUGAGGGGAAUAUCUUGCAGUGUUCACACAUCAAGUCUCCCAUUCAGAUGCAACCAGGGCAGACCCUGCUUAGCUAUGGGGACAAGUCAUGCUUGCUACCACAAGACCAGCUCUCCUCUCCUCACUACCUCAAGAGACUGCGUGAUGAGAAAACCCGUUAGAAACCUUGAGUAAUAUUUUCUUUUAAAACGAGAGGUGAUGGGUCUAGGAGGAACCAAAGUGUUGUGUGAGUGGGUUCAUGGAGGGAAGCAGUUCUGGGAACACCAGUAGAAAAUGGGAAGGGCCGGAAGGCAGGUUCUGAAAGGUCAAGAGUUAAAUCUCUUGUGGCACCAACUCACAAAGGCUGCAGCAGCAAAGAUUACACUGCCAUGCAGCCUGUCAGAGUAAACGUUUCUCCUUCCCUGGCAAAGCAGUUCCAGGCGGAGCACAGCCUUCUGUCCCGAUUCGUACUUGGUCCGGAGUACUGUUUAGUGCUAAGCAUGGCUGCGGAGGAAAGUGUGAUGUGCCUGGCCAGGUUGCUAAGGCAGUGGGCUUGUCCUCACGCUGGUCUUAAGAACAUAAGCACAGCCCUGCUGGAUCAGGCUCGGGUCCCAUCUAGUCUAGCAUUCUGUUCCACACAUUAGCCCACCAGACGCCUUAAAGAAGUUCACAGGCAGGGGGUGAGGCCUUGUCCCCUCUCCUGCCAUUGUCCCCCCUGCAACUGGUACUUAGCUGCAUCUUGCCUCUGAGGCUGGAGGUGACCUAUAGCCACCAGAGUAGAAGCCACUGAUAGACCUGUCCUCCAUGGCUUUGUCUAACCCCCCUUUUAAAGCCAUCCAAGCUGGUGGCCAUCACAUCCUGUGGCAGAGAGUUCCAUAAGUUAAUUAUGUGCUGUGUGAAGUACUUCCUUCCAUCAGUCCUAAAUUUCCCGACUUUCAGUUUCAUGGUUCAAGUGUUGUGAGAGAGGGAGGAAAAUUUCUUUCUGUCCACUCUCUCUAUUUCAUGCAUAAUUUUAUACAUCGAUCAUGUCUCCCUGUAGUCACCUCUUUUCCAAACUAAAAAACCCAUUUGCUGUCGCCUUGCUUUAUAAGGAAGGUGCUCCAGGCCCCUGAUCAGUUUGGUUGCUCUCUUCUGCACCUUCUCCAGUUCUACAAUGUCCUUCUUAAGAUGUGGUGACCAGAACCGAACACAGUAUUCCAAAGUGUGGCUGCACCAUAAAUUUCAUUUAUCAUUUCCUUGCUCAGCCAUGAAGUUUUCUGGGUGAGUGUGUACAAGUUACUUUUUCAUGCAAGGUUAUUAUGAUGCAAAAUAAAUUAAUAGUAAAACACACUUUAUGCUCAGAACAAAUGAAAAAUACUAAGUUCCAUUCAUUAAUGAGGCUUAAUUGCUUUUUUCUGGAAACUGAAAGCCACAGCAAAUGCUUCUCUAUCCAUUACAUGCAUUAUUCAGAAAUAUUUUGUUUUUAGAAGGUGCCUUCUGAGGACAAACAUUAAGAAAGAUCCAUGAACUGACAAACCGCAUAUAGUUUUUCACUCAAAAUGAUGAGGUUAGGUGGUUCUUUGGUAAUGUAUCUUCUCUUGCCGAGGCCCAAAUCCAAACUGGAUGAGGAGAUGGAGAGUGCAAGCCGAUCUCAGUGAAUUUCUGUUCAGUGGGGCACAAGGGAUUUCUUUGGAGGCAAACCCCUGCAGCCUGCAUUCAGACCUGGAACCAGAACUCGAGGUGCUUCUUUGCAGGAGAAAUGGAUCCCUCUCUGAAGAUAUUGCUUUCUCUGCUCAGUGUACCUCACACUUUAUUCAGCACAGCAAGAGCAGACAAGCAAAAUUCAUCGUUAGAGUUUCAGUUUUCAUCAUUUUUUUAUAUAGACGAAAUGAUUGAAAAUGAAUCGGGCAAUUCCAGUUUAAACAUAACCCAACUUAACCACUCUGAAGACAUUGAAAGAUACUUGACUAGUUUAUGGCUGACCUGUUUUGUUCCUUCCGUCCACACCUUUGUGGUUGUACUGAGUCUCCCUCUAAACAUUAUAGCAAUUCUCAUCUUCGUGACCAAAAUACAGCUUAAGAAGCCAGCUGUGGUGUACAUGCUCAACCUGGCUUCUGCUGACGUACUCUUUGUGAGCGUAUUGCCUUUUCAGAUUGUCUACCGUUUUUCUGGACACAACUGGAUAUUUGGACCAGAAAUGUGCCGUUUUGUCACAGCUGCUUUCUACAGCAACAUGUACUGCUCCAUACUGCUGAUGAUGGUGAUAAGCGUUGAUCGUCUCCUGGCAGUGGUGUACCCGAUGCAGUCUUUGUCCUGGCGCACUGUAAGGCGAGCCUAUACGGUGUGCUUGGCCAUCUGGAUUGCAGCCAUAGCUGGUGUGAUACCUCUGCUAAUGACUGAUCAAACAAAGAGAUUAUAUCGGUUAAACAUUACUACCUGCCAUGAUGUGUUAGAUCUCUCUGUUACUGAGAAGUUUCGCUCUUACUGGUGUACAUUAUCUGUUCUCUUCUUUUUUAUCCCAUUCAUAAUAUCUACCACCUGUUAUGUGGGCAUUAUAAGGAAACUUUCUUCAUCCAAUGUUGCUGCAAAGGCAGGUAAGAGGAGACGUGCCGUACUAUUGUCUGCAGCUGUCUUGUGCUCGUUUAUUCUUUGUUUUGGGCCAACCAAUGUCACAAUAAUGGUGCAUAACCUUUCAGAUCGGGAACAAUGGCAGAAUCUCUAUUUUGCCUACUUGCUGGCAGUCUGUACAGGUGCAAUAAACUGUUGCAUUGAUCCCUUGAUCUAUUUUUAUGCCUCCUUGCAGUGUCAAAGGCAUGUCUACAAUCUCUUGGGCUGUAAAAAGCAUUCUGAUGUUGAAAAAGACAGCCAGACAACAAGCAGUAAUAUGGCAACCUUUUCCAGUGGUUUGAAUUCUUUGUCUCAAGCAUAAUAUUUUAGUGUUGAAUCUGAUAUUAUAUUUUCAUUCAUAGAUAUGGGCCUUGCAUGUUACAUUAGUUCACUGCCACUGUCUUUAAUGUCCAUGUAUUUUUUGCUUUUAGGAGAUCAGUAAAGCAUUUCUCACAGGGCCAGACUGGAUAUAAUAGGGUAGUAGUCAUGUGUCUUUAUCCAUCGGGCUGCAUUGUUCACAUGUAAGGCAUAUUUGGGUAAAAUUUCACUUUAAACCAAAAGGGGCACUUGGGAGAGGAGUAACAGCUAGAAUGUGCACAAAACUGGUUUUGCCGGUUCGGCUCAAAUCCAGACCAGAUUCGACCCAGCCCGUUUUGGUUUUGCCCCUCGUGGAACCGGAACCAGUUCAACUGGCUUGGAGCUUUACUGGUAGAGGAGAAUCGGGUAAGGAUUCCCCUUUACCAGUGACCUCCGCACAUGCACAGAGGCCAUUUCUGUGGAGGCCAUUUGUGUGACUCCACACCUCUCUGCAUGCACGGAGGUCAGUAAAAUGGACUCCACACAUGCUCAGAGGCCCAAACCCCGAACUGGGCUGCCACCAGCCUUGCCUACUUUGAGGGAGGCCACCCCCAUGUUGCCUCAAAGUCAUUUUGCAUUCUGUGUAUGCUCAAGAGCUAUGCCAGAGUGAAAAGGAACUUGGCUGCCCUGCCACCUGAUUCUAAUAUGGGAAUCACAGAUCAAAUUUGGUGUAGUGGUGACAAAAUUCCAAUUCUACAGCUUUUAUGCAAUUCCAAAGCUUCAUCGAACUAAAAAUAACAGCAUAUGGCAAGUCAAUGUCUAACCAAUCCUAGUAUAUGCAUGAUGGCAAUCUUAUAUGUUGCAUGUAUAUGAUAUCAGUAUUAGCUAGCAACCGGUAACAUUAUAAACACUCUAAGGGAGGGGAGGGAAGAGGCAGAGACACAAAGAAAGCUUAGGGUAGACGGAGAAGGCAAGGGAAUUACUGUACCCCCCAGUACAGUACUUCCAGAGAGUGUUGCUGGUAUCUAUCUUAUGUUUCUUUUUGGAUUGUGAGCCCUUUGGGGACAGGGAUCCAUUUUAUUUAUCUUAUUUAUUUCUCUGUGUAAACAGCCCUGAACCAUUUUUGGAGGAGCAGUAUAGAAAUCAAAUAAAUAAAUAAAUAAAAUAAGGAAAUUGCUGUUCAGGCAGGCUGGGCUGUCAGGAGAAAGAAGCGGGGAGAGGGCAGUUGGAUGAUGAUCAAGGAGUUUGGAGAGGCUGCAGAGAUACUCUGCAAUUCUAGAUGAUGUCAGCAAGUAGGCGUUGCUAGGGUUUGCAGCUUGUGAAUGGUGUGGCAGCAGCUAGGCAGGAGAUGGCAUGUCUUGGAGAUCCUCUUCCAGAGCUGAAUGCAGAUCUCAACUUACUCUAAUUCCCUACUAUGCAGAGGGGAUUGCAAACAAGUUAUGUCUGGUAAGACUUCUGUUUGGCUGGAUAGCCUCACAGAGUCAGCAAGUUUGCCGAAUGAUUGCUGAAUUCAUGCCUGCUGCUCCCGUUUCUAUACUCCUUUGAUCCUUUGAUCUGAACACAAAGUCUUUGGUGCAGUGCAACAUCCAUCAUGAGUCUCCAUACAUGUUAAUAGCUAGGCCACAAACACUCAGUUCCCAUGACAAAGCACAUCUUCAUUUCUAAGGAAAAACUGUUAAUACAAGAACAGGAUGUCUUCCUUAGGGGAAGCUAAAUAUUUACCAUUUACCAUUCUAAUAAUGCUAAACAUUAACCAGCUAACAAUUUACCAUUCUAACAAUGCACUCUUUAGAUAGAUAAUUCCCUGAGUCAACAGCUCACUAAGAGUUCAGCAUGCCUACCAGUGAAUCCCCCCAUUCCUAGGCCAUAAGAAGAGACUUGCUGCAUCAGGCCCAAGGCCCAUCUAGUCCAGCAUUCUGUUUCCCUCAGUGGCCAACCAGUUGCUUCUGGGAACUGCUGCCAUUUAAAACUACAAGCGCAGUUCCGCAACAUGGUGUCUCUUAUUUCUGAUGGGUGUUGCGCUCUGCAAUAGGUUUGCAGAAUGUUAAGUCACAAUAGAGCAGCCGCCCUGUUCUGCAACUAGGCAGUGACACAGCCAUGCAGGUGGUACUGAAUCAUCUGGGUUUUACUGUGCAGAAUGUGAGCCACCAUUUAUAAUAAUCUUGGUUAUAAUCUGUGGUUUUAUACAAAUCUUCUCUCACUAUUUGGGGUUUUAUCAUCACCACACUCUUCUGAAAUGGGUUAGAAAACUUGUACAGUAUCACUCUCUUUUUAGUUCAAGAGCCAACUGAGGUGGUUGGAGCAAGCUGGGGAGGAUGAAUGCUCAUUGUGAUUUUUGACAUCUCUAUGACCCCUGCUAACUUGGCAAAGAGGCACCUUUUAAUGUAGUGAUUCUCUUUAUUUAGCAGGGGGAGAGUAACUGGCCCUAUCCACCCCCAGCACAGGGACUGUUGCUGAUGUCUAUCUUGUGUUUCUUUUUAGAUUGUGAGCCCUUUGGGGACAGGGGUCCAUCUUAUUUACUUGUUAUUUCUCUGUGUAAACUGCCCUGAGCCAUUUUUGGAAGGGCAGUAUAGAAACUGAAUAAAUAAAUCAAAAUCGAAAUUGAAAAAAAAAAAUAGGGGAUGGCAUUGCAUUUAGCAUUCAGUGUGUUAUCAUGCUUUUUUGUCCUAAUCAUUGGCCCUUAAGCAGCCAAAUGUGCAAUGGUGGUUUAUAAGCUUUAAAAAGUUUUAAAAACACAAAACUACUAUAAAAUGUUUUAAAUGUGUUGUCAGGGGCAUGGAAAUGAAAAUUGGCAGGAAUAUUCUCCAAAGGUUACUCCAUGAAGAGAAUGCAAUUGUUCGUUCACUGUUACCCUAAUCCGUACCCUAAACCUUUUCUGUGCAAAAACGGCUGCAGUUUUAACCUAAAUCA